AUGAUGAUAAACUCCGCCCCUUCGUCUUCUGAAGAUGAUGAGAACAAAAUGGAAAUUGCGAUGGAGCAUUUGGAACUUGGCCAACAAAAAAAUUCGACGACGACACAUUUGAUGAAUUUGCCCGGAGAGCUGUUUGCACAAGUUGAUCAGUAUUUGACUUUGGAGGAAUCGCAUCAUUUUAAGGUACUGUAGGUUUUGGGGUACUGUAGAUUUGGGAUACUGUAGCUCAAUGUUUUAUAAUAGUUACUGUAGAUGUUAGGGUACUGUAGGCUUCAAGUACUGUAGAUUAAGAGCUACUGUAGGUAGGAAUACUGUAGAUGAAUUCUUGUUCAUCAAAGGAAAAUGUGAAUUUUGAAAAUUUGAGGUUCUGAAUGUUGUAUUGGCGUUACUGUAGAUGUGAAGGUACUGUAGGCAUCGAGUACUGUGGACAGGAUUACUGUAGAAUUAGAGCUACUGUAGGUUUGAAAGGGUACUGUAGAUGAAUUCUUGUUCAUCAAAGGAAAAUGUGAAUUUUGGAAAUUUAAGGUUCUGAAUGUUGUAUAGAGGUUACUGUAGAUGUUAGGGUACUGUAGGAUUUGGACAGGAUUACUGUAGGUUUUAGUCAUUCUGAAGUAAUGUUGAAAUGGGAUACUUUUAGAUACCGUAACUGGAUUACUGUAGAUCGAAGUUACUGUAGAUUUAUUCCAGAGAUCUUACGAAAAAAAAAAAGAAUUGUAUACUGUACUUUGAAACUACAGUAACCAGAAAUGUACUGUAGAUGUCAGUAUCUCUAGGUAUUUUUUUAAGAUACUGUAAACAGUCUAAUUUUGAAGCCUAAAGGGUACUGUAGCCCCUGUUCUACAGUACUCCUAUAGAUUCCUACUGUAGCUUCUCUAGAUCUCUAAAAAAUCAGAAUUCUGCCAGAAAUCGCCCUCCGAAAAGUGAUUGACAGAUUUUUUUGAUUGACAACUGACAUUAAUAGGAAGAAAAUUGAGAAUUGCAACUUUUUGCGGGGGAUUUUUGACCUGAAAUUUGGAAAUUUCAGAUUUUUUUUCAUCUGAAAAUCUAAUUUUUCUGGAAAAAAAAUGAUUUUUGCAGAUGGCCGACGAGAGAAUCGAAUUUGCGCUUCACAAAAAUUUCCACAUGUACGAUAAACUUUUUGUGAGUUUUUUUGGAGAGGGGAAUUUUGAAAAAAAAUUUGAAUUUCAUUUUUUUUGGCGCGAAAAAUGGUGGAAAAUUAGAUAGAAAAGUUCAAAAAUCUCGAAUUUUGGUGUAAAAAUUCAAAAAAUUUCGAAAAAAAACCCGUUUCCACCUGAAAAUUCCAGAUUUUCACCCAAAUUUCAUAAAUUUUCCAGUUGAGCGACGAUGAUUCGGAAUGUCGAAUCAGCGACACAACAGGCCGUGUUCCAAAUCGCACUUUCAAAGGCGACAACACUCCACAAAUCAUCAAAAUGUUGCCGAAUUUGAAAGAGAUCACAAUGAUUAUCAAAGAUGUGAAUUUGCGCAGAAAACGAUCGAAAACACCGCCGAAUGCGAUUUCUGGUAGGGAUUUUCGGGAAAAAAAAACAAAAAAAAUUGGCAGGGGCUGUGGUUUGAACCUGGGACUUGUAGAUUGGAAAUUGGAGCUCUUACCAGCUGAGCUAUGAAUUUUGAAAAAUAGGAGGUAGCGGGGUUUGAUCCAGGACCUUUUGAUUGGGAAUUGGAGCUCUAACCAGCUGAGCUACAUAGAUUUAGGCAAUUAUUUUCAUUUUUCAAAAAUAGGAGGUAGCGGGAUUUGAACCCUUGACCUUUCACCUCAAAAUCCAAGCGUUACCCAGCUGAGCCAAAUUUCUAAAAAAAAAAUGACAGACUACAGUAUUUAUUUAUAUUCAUCUGACAUCAAACGAUGUCAGACUCUGAAAAAAAUUAUGAAAAUUUUGAAACAGUAGAUUUUUUGAGCAAAAAAAAUUGGCAGCACCCGGCAUCGAACUUGUGACCUUUUACCUAGAGAAAUCAGAGAUCUAACCAGCUGAGCUAUAAAUUUCGAAAAAUAGGGGGUAGCGGGAAUUGAUCCAGGACCUUUAGAUUGAAAAUCAGAGAUCUAACCAGCUGAGCUAUAAAUUUGAAAGAAUAUGAGGUAGCGGGAUUCGAACCCUUGACCUUUCACCUCAAAAUCCAUUUCCAAAAAUCGUCAAACUACAGUAACCCUGAUCUAUAAUCUACAUAUUCAUCAUCAAUCAAACGAUGUCUGACUCUGAAAAAAAUUAUGAAAUUUUUUGAAACAGUAGAUUUUUUUUAGCAAAAAAAAAUUGGCAGGGGGUGAGGUUUGAACCUGGGACUUGUAGAUUGGGAAUUGGAGCUUUAACCAGCUGAGCUAUAAAUUUGAAAAAAUAGGAGGUAGCGGGACUUGAUCCAGAACCUUUAGAUUGGAAAUCAGAGAUCUAACCAGCUGAGCUAGAAAUUUCGAAAAAAUAGGAGGUAGCGGGAUUUGAACCUGGAACCCUUCACCUCAAAAUCCAAGCAUUACCCAGCUGAGCCAAAUUUCCAAAAAUCUUCAAACUACAGUAACCCUGAUCUACAGUAAUCUCUUAUUCAAAAAAAUUAUGAAAAUUUUGAAACAGUAGAUUUUUUGAGCAAAAAAAAAAUUGGCAGCACCCGGCAUCGAACCUGAGACCUCCCACCCCAAAAUCAUACCUCCAACCAACUUUUUUCUCCAGACUGCACACCAUAUUCUCAAGGCGGCUACUUGACGCAACUCUUCAAACACAUCUCGCCAGCCGAGCUCAAAAUCCGUCAACUCUCCGUGCACGUCGACAUUAUGAUCGAAUCGCUCGAAAACGUCUUCCUUCAAUGUCCCACCGAAGAUCUCAAAUACGCCAUGGACAAUCUAGUCGCCGCCCAAUUCAGCUCAUUCGUUCAGAUUUCGAUUUGUUGUGCACAAAUUCGUGCCAGCGACGAUUUUGCUCGCAAUUUUUUGCUCCAAGGAAUGCAGUAUGCGUUGAAACAGUCGGCUGAGGUUGGAGCCAAGACGGAGUUUGUUGUUGAGCCGUGUGAAGGUGGGUAGUUUUGAGAAUUGGGCUCCCAAGGCGCUGAUGCUUGAGGACUGGGUUCACAAGGCGUUGAUCCUUGUCACAGUGAGAAUGUAGAUAGGGCUACUUGAGAAAUAGGGUUUGUAGGCGCGGUUGCUUGAGGACGGGGUUCACAAGGCGCGGAUCCUUGUCAGAGUGAGGGUCUAGAUGAGGCUGCUUGAGAAUUAGGAUUUGUAGGCGCGGUUGCUUGAGGACGGGGUUCACAAGGCGCGGAUCCUUGUCAGAGUGAGGGUCUAGAUGAGGCUGCUUGAGAAUUAGAAUUUGUAGGCUCGACUACUUGACAUCUAGAUCUUCUAGGCUCGGCAACUUGUCAGAUUGGAUCUCUAGCCUCGACUCCUUGAGAACUAGGCUCUAAAGGCGCGGCCACUUGACAUCUGGAUCUUCUAGGCGCGGCUACUUCACAAUUAGACACACUAGGAGCGGAACCUUGUGAAGUACGAUUUCUAGGCUUAGCUGCUUGGCAUAGAAGCUCUACAGGCGCGGCUGCUUGUCAGAGUGGAUCUCUAGGCGCUGAUCCUUGACAGUUAGGGUUAGCUAGGCACGGAUGCUAGGCAACUUGAAUUUGUAGGCACGUCUGCUUGACAUAGGAACUCUGAAGGCGCGAGUCCUAGACUAUAAGGUACUCUAGGAGCUGCUCCUUGAGAAUUAGGAUUUGUAGGCACGGAUGCUAGACAAUUUGUAUUUGUAGGUUCAGCUGCUUGGCAUAUGUGCUCUCAAGGCGCGAGUCCUAGACUUUAAGGUGCUCUAGGCUCAGCUACUUGAGGACUAGGGAUCUCUAGGCGCGGCUACUUGAGAACUAGAGAUCUCUAAGAUCAGCUCCUUGACAGACUAGAAGCCUAGAUGUGGCUCCUACACAAUUAGGUAUUAAAGGCGUUGAUCCUUGACACAUCCCCUUUCUAGACACGGUUGCUUGACAUAGGAGCUCUCAAGGCACGGCUGCUUGAGGCUACAACCUCUCAAAGCGCAGGUACUUGACAAUUGAACUUUCUAGGCGCGAAUCCUUGACACAUGCCCUUUCUAGACACGGCUACUUGAGGCAACAACCUUUCAAGUAGCUGCUCCUUGUCAAACAGACUGGCGACCUUGCGGUCGCACGUCCAGUUUCCGAAAAAAAAUCCCAAAUUCAUUUUUUUCAGGCUAUGUCGAUAUGACUGUCGAAAAAGGCCAACUCGAAUACACCUUCGCCUUCUUCUACUACAAUCCCACAAUCUGCGACCCGACUCCAGAAGAUGCCCAACCUGUUGUACCACUUUUGACCAAUUAUUAUUUUUAG